UGAAGACACAAAGAAUAAAAAACAAAAACGAGUUAAAAAUGUUAAGAAAACAGGAAAAUGUGGAGUUACAGCGCUAGUGGUAAUAUAUAAAAAGUGUGGUUAGCUAAUGGCUGCUGACGCCUGAUAUUUCUUCUCUUUUGAUAUACUACUCUAUUUCUCACUGUUACCUUCCUGUUGCCUCUGGUUUGGUACAGUAAAAUACAAAAUUUGAUCUGCAGAUUUCUCUGGGAAAUCGGUUUUCAAGGGGAUUUCAACUUUUGGAAUUCAUUUGUUUGCAUCAAUCUUCACGUUUUGAGCUUCAAAUCAAAGCUACAGGAAAGGAAAGUCAUUUUCUAUUGGAAAAUUUUGGGCAAUCAAUUUGUUAUCAAUCACGAAGAAACAGAGAUACUUUUGUGGGAUAUGAGUUCCGAGAAAUAAACCAAAAAGAAGAGGUUCAUAUUCGCUUCUGAGCAUGGAGAGAAAAGUUCAUAAUUUGUGGUUCUGAAAUUCCCCAGGUUUUCAAGCAACACACUUUUUGUUUAGAGUUGUUGAUAACUGCUUGAGAUUCUGCAUUUGAUCAUGGAAAAACAGCAGAGUUUUCAUGGUGUAACGACUGAAAAACAGCCAUCUAUUCAAGGACUCAUGGAGAAGCAACAAAGUUUUAAACAAUCUACCACUGGAGGAGUGUUGGAAAAGCAACAGAGUUUUAGUGGUGUUACAACUGAGAAACAGCUGAGCGGUCGUGGAAUGAUAGAAAAACAGAAGAGUUUUCGGGGCUUUAUGGAGAAGCAGAAGAGCUUUCGUGUAGUAAUGGAGAGGCAGCUGAGCUUUAUUGGCGGAGGUGAACGCAGGAAGAAUAGGGAGUCUCCAGGAAAAAGGGGUGAUUCGCCUCUUCAUUUGGCAGCUAGAACGGGGAAUUUGACUAGAGUUAGGGAGAUUCUUCAGAAGUCUGAUGGUCCUGAGGCCAAGGAAUUUUUGGGCAAGCAAAACCUAGAAGGGGAAACUCCCCUUUAUGUUGCAGCAGAGAAUGGUCAAGCUGUCAUCGUUGCAGUGAUGUUGAAACGUAUGGAUCUUGAGACUGCAUCUAUCACUGCUCGGAAUGGCUAUGAUCCAUUCCAUGUUGCAGCAAAGCAGGGUCAUGUUGAAGUGCUAAAGGAACUUUUGGGGACCUUCCCCAACUCGGCCAUGACUACAGAUUUAUCUUGUACAACCGCCCUACACACAGCUGCUGCACAAGGGCAUAUUGAUGUAGUCAAUCUUCUUCUAGAAACUGACUCAGACCUUGCUAAGAUAGCAAGGAACAAUGGUAAAACUGUCCUCCAUUCAGCAGCAAGAAUGGGGCACUUGGAAGUAGUGAAAUCCUUGCUUAGCAAGGAUCCAAGUGCUGGUUUUAGGAUAGACAAAAAGGGCCAAACUGCACUACAUAUGGCUGUGAAAGGUCAAAAUGAGGAGAUAGUGCUGGAAUUGUUGAAACCUGAUCCCUCAGUUUUGCAUGUGGAAGACAACAAAGGAAAUACUGCGUUGCAUAUUGCAAUAAAGAAGGGUCGUACUCAGAUUGUACGUUGUUUGUUAUCAGUUGAAGGUGUAAACAUCAAUGCAACAAACAAGGCGGGAGAAAGCCCACUUGACAUUGCAGAAAAAAUGGGAACCCUGGAACUUGUGUCGAUCUUAAAAGAAGCAGGAGCAACCAAUUCUAAGGACCAUGGAAAGCCCCCAAAUACAGCAAAACAACUGAAGCAAACUGUCAGUGAUAUAAAACAUGAUGUCCAGUCUCAGCUCCAACAAACUCGCCAGACUGGUUUCAGGGUGCAAAAAAUUGCAAAGAGGCUAAAGAAACUCCACAUUAGUGGCCUAAACAAUGCUAUAAACUCUGCCACUGUUGUUGCUGUUCUCAUUGCUACUGUUGCUUUUGCUGCCAUCUUUACUGUCCCUGGACAGUAUGUUGAGGAUAAAAAAGGGGGGGUUUCACUUGGGCAAGCUUAUAUAGCUAACAAGGCAACAUUUAUUGUCUUCUUUGUCUUUGACAGCCUUGCUUUGUUCAUCUCCUUGGCUGUUGUUGUUGUCCAGACAUCAGUGGUCGUGAUUGAACAAAAAGCAAAGAAGCAACUUGUCUUUGUAAUUAACAAGCUUAUGUGGCUGGCGUGCCUUUUCAUUUCAGUCGCAUUUAUUUCGCUGACAUAUGUGGUCGUGGGAAAACAUUCUAGAUGGCUUGCUGUGUGUGCGACUGUAAUUGGUGGCACAAUCAUGCUUACUACAAUUGGCUCGAUGUGUUAUUUUGUCGUUUUACAUAGAAUGGAGGAGUCAAAGUUGAGGAGUCUAAGGAAAGCUGAGAGUCGCUCCCGUUCUCUCUCUAUGUCUAUGGCUUCAGAUCCUGAGAUCCUGAAUAGUGAAUUUAAAAGGAUGUAUGCGCUUUAAGAUGUGGAGGAAUAGAACAAAUAUGGGUCAAACUCAUACCCCUGGUUCCUUCAUCUAUAAUUUGAAUUUGAAGGGACCAUCUGCUGCUUCAGGUCUAGUUGUUAUUAUAAUUAUUAUAUAUAUGUACUUGAGGUGGAGUAUUCCAUAUUCUAGUGAGCAUGAAGAGAUGGAAUCAGUAGUUUGAUUGAUCAAUUGAAGGAAGAUGGUAUUUGAACUGCCAUUUUGUUUCUGGUGGCUGAAAUGUUCUUUCACAUGAAGGCUUUCUUUCCAGGGGCAGCUUGGCUUACGCUAUGAGCUUGGAUCUAGAUCUAAAUUUACUUCUUAAACCUUUAGUAGAUUUGGCUGAAGCUCAAGAAUUGUAAACAGAGAUCAUGUAUUCCUGAGCUUGGUUUCAAGUUAAUAAUAUAAUCCCCAUUUUUCUCAAAAUAUGUUGUUUCCUGAAGAUCAUUUUGAGAUGUUUUCUUGUUGGUGAUGAUCUCUUGCACCGGUGGUAGUUUUGUAUUGGCAUCAAUAUGGAGAAUAGUGUGCGACAAAAUAAUGGCUUAAAGGCACGCGCCUUGCUCUAGGAAUUGCUUUCAUUUAUACUUAUUUGGUCUCACCGGUAUUGGGAAUGCAAAAGGAGUCGAUCAAAUUAUCUAAAGAGAUACAAUGAAACCUUCAUUGGAAUUUACUCUACAUUAGCAAAAUUCUAACCGCUAAACACCUUUGAAGAAGAUGAAAUAAUAGUCGUGGAUUUU